UAUUGCAUCAUUCAACUUUUUUUGGUUGAAAUUCCGAAGUUUGAAUUUUUGCUAAGCAAAGUUAUUUAAAGUUCAAGUCUCUAGUUGUUUAAAUUAUCGUGCAUUUUUGAUUAACUUUAGUCGUUUACAAUUUGAUACAUGCAUAAUGGAUCAGCAGGAUAGACGAAGAGAUAACCAGCAAAGAGGCGGCGGAGGCCGUCAAGGUCGCGGUGGCAGGGGUGGACAGGGUCGAGGAGGCCCUCCUCCUGAACGUGGACCUCCACCAGGCGAUCAAUAUCGAGGUAAUCAGCAAUAUCGUGGACCGCCACCUCAAGGUGAUUACAGAGGUAAUCAACAAUAUCGUGGCCCGCCAUCGCAAGGAGAUCACUAUCGAGGUGGUCAGCAACAGCGUGGACCAUCUCCUCGAGGAGGAUCUGGACGAGGUUUUCCACCCGGUGGUCAGCAAUAUGGUGGACCCAGAGGUCCACCAGGCGGUCAGCAAUUUAGUGGGCCUAGAGGUAGAGGAGGCCCUGGCGGUGACCAAUCUUGGGGUGCUCCAAGCACUGCUUUCGCGCAGCCUCCUCCUCUUAUGAGUGCUGCUCCGAAACCAGCUUGGGGUAGGCAAGAUGUUUCCCCUGUCGAACCAGCCGUCUCACCUGAACCUGCACCGUUUCAAGAAGCUCCGGCUUUACCGCCACCAGCUCAAGGAGGCAAAGGUAAAAAGGGCAAGAAAGGUGGAAAACAACCUGAGCCUUCUAAAACUGAAACCGAAACCUCUCAAGCUGCUGUUACUCCUCCAACUCAAGCACCAGCACCGAAAGAUCCACCUCAACAGAGAGGAAAGGGUAAGAAAGGAAGCCCAGGUGGCGAUAAACCUCAAGAAACGCCGAGUACUUCGAAAGACGUAUCUUCUCCCACUCAAGGGAUCACGAAGAAAAUCGAACAAAUUUCUUUUGACAAAAAUCUGAUUAUUCCUCGAAGACUAGGUGGCCAAGUUAUUAACCGUAGGCAGCAGUUUUUCGAAAAGAAAUUCAUAGUUGAAGUAAAUUACUUACCGAUUAAUUUCAAAGACAUCAAUUUAAAAAUCUUCCAUUACGACGUUGUAUUUAAACCGGAGCAACCGAAGCGUCUUUACAGACCUGCUCUGAGACUGCUUCUGGAUAAAUACGUACCCAAUCGUCAUCCAGCCUUCGAUGGUAAGAAAAACAUGUACGCUGCUGGAACCACUCUGGCUUUCCCGCGAGGAUCGGAUAUUCGCGAUAGCGUUAAAGUUUACGAUACUGAACGAAAUUACGAAGUAGAAUUUGAUAUUACGGUUUCACUCAUCGACCAAGAACUAUCGUUGAGCAAGUUGGCGCAGUAUUUGAAAACUGGAACAUCUGUAGAUGCUCCUCAAGAUGUAAUUCAAGGAGUGGAUAUCGCGUUAAGAAACGCUCCAACAGUGAAUGUAAAGUUUGUCUCCGCAGGAAGAUCAUUCUUUGCGAUUCCUAAAACGGCGCCACCGCCCUUGACAGGAGGGUUCGAAUUAUGGCACGGGCAUUAUCAAAGUGCCAUUAUGGCGUGGAAACCGUACUUGAACGUCGAUGUUGCCAACAAAGCGUUUCCUAUUCCCCAAGACGUGCUGGAUUUCAUUUACAAUGACUUACAACUGGAUCCGAGGAGUCCGCUAGAUCAAAGAUCGAAUUACAAAUUAUUGCGAUUCCUGAAAGGAUUGAAAAUAGAUUAUAAAAUGAAGUCGAAUGAUCCGAGUGGUUAUACGAAAAGGACUUAUAAAGUGGAUGAUUUGGGUCCUCCUCCGAGAUCAGCGAAAUUUAAACCAGAUAAAGAAGGAAGUCGAGAAACAACAGUUGAAGAAUAUUUCAGAAGUGUGAAAAAAAUUCCGUUACAAUAUCCGCAUCUACCGUGUAUUAAAACGACUAAUAAAAAUUUGUUGCCUAUUGAAUUCUGUGCAAUUACCCCGAAUCAAUCCGUAAUGAGAAAAUUGGACGAAAAACAAACUUCGAACAUGGUUCGAAACGCUGCCAAAGGAACAGAUAUACGGAAAGGUCGUAUCAUGGAUACGAUUGGACAAGCUGGGUUCAAUGCAGAUCCGUGCGCGAGAGAAUUUGGAAUUACCGUGGGAUCGAAUUUCGAGAAAGUUGAAGCUCAUAUUCUGAAAGCACCUGUGAUUCGUUACCAAAACAGCACUGUUCCAGUGAGAAAUGGCGUAUGGCAAACCAGAUCUGAUAAAUUCAUUAAUUCGCCCGGAUUAGAUUCGUGGGUGAUUAUCAACACGGAUAGAAAAAUUGGCAACCCACAGAUCCAGAAUCUCGUGAGAAAUUUCCGACAAGUGGGUGAUAAUAUUGGUAUUCCGGUGGCAGAACCGCGAAACAUUCUGACCAUAAACGCCCGAACGGAGCAAGAUUUCGUGAAAGAAUUCCGCCAGUUUGAGAAAGGUGUUCAAAUUUUGGUCGUAAUUAUGACACCGUUCGGCGUCGACGAUAUUUACAGUAAAAUAAAAAGAGCAGCUGAAUUGAAAGUUGGCGUUUUGACGCAGUGCAUAAAAGCGGCCACUUGCGAUAAUCGUAAAAUGAACGCGAUGACUGCGCAGAAUAUAUUGCUGAAAAUCAAUUCGAAGAUCAGCGGUGUGAAUCAUUCGUUGGCGCAAAAUGUAUUGCCAGAAAUUUUGAAAAGACCGGUGAUGAUUGUUGGAGCAGACGUAACUCAUCCAGCGCCUGGCUCUGAAGGUCUCUCUAUCGCUGCGGUUGCAGCGUCUCACGAUUCGUACGCGUUCAAAUACAACAUGUUAUACAGACUUCAGCCCGGUCGCCAAGAAAUGAUACAACGUUUAGACGAGAUGAUCGAGCAACAGCUUCGAUUCUUUCUUAAAAACACGAACCGCAAACCGGAACGAAUUCUGUAUUAUCGCGACGGUGUCUCCGAAGGACAGUUCUUACAGGUGCUGAAUAUAGAAUUGCAGGCUAUAAGAGCCGCAUGUAAGAAACUCGAAGCCGAUUACCAGCCUGCAAUCACUUUCUUAGUCGUACAGAAACGUCACCAUACCCGAUUCUUUCCCACUGGACCUAAUGAUUGGGACGGAGACAGAAAUAAAAACGUAAGGGCCGGCACUCUUGUAGAUACGAACAUUACUCAUCCGACUGAGAUCGACUUCUAUCUCGUAUCUCAUCAAAGUAUUCAGGGUACCGCUCGUCCUACCAAAUACCAUCUUCUAUGGGAUGAUAAUAACAUACCGCAAGAUGAGCUCGAACAGCUUACGUAUUAUCUGUGUCAUAUGUUCGCGAGAUGUAACAGAUCGGUUUCAUAUCCAGCGCCGACUUAUUACGCUCAUUUAGCAGCGUUUAGAGCAAAAGCUUGGUGGGAUGACCAAAGAUACGAUGCAGCCAAUUUAACCAGAGAACAGGAGGUCAAUGGACGAAUUCAGGACCAUAUCGUGAAUAACGCUCCGAUGUUUUUCGUUUAAAUUCAUGAUCGACAAUUUCUCCUAAUGUACUCGUACGCGCUUUAAUCUUUGUGAUAGCUUUAUUUAUACAUUAGGAUUUUAUUUUUUCGAGUUUGAUAAAUAUUUCUUUAUCGUAUUUCGUUUGAUAAUUAUUUCUUUAUCAUAUUUCGUUUAGUUCGUUAUUAUUAUUAUUUUUAUUGUGGUAUUUUUUUAAUUUUUUACGAAUUAAAAAAAUAACUCACCA